AACACCUCGCUCAGUUAUAAAGCUGGCUGCUGUGUCGGGAUGUUCGGCAAAGCGGAAAAGACUUUGCAGCAGAAAACUUUCACCAUGGACUUCUGCACGCUGACGCUGUUUGUACUUCUGUCCUCGCUGUGCAGCGUGUUGGCGCUGCUGUCUCCUAAAGCCGUGUGUCUCCUUCAAGUGGACGAGGGACCUUGCAGAGGAGAAAUCGAGCGCUACUACUACAACACCAUCACCCAGAAGUGCGAGGUUUUCUACUACGGCGGCUGCCAAGGAAAUGCCAAUAACUUCAGGAGCUACCAGGAGUGCCAGAAAACGUGUUUCAGAAUCCCAAAGAUUCCUCAGAUCUGCAGGUUCAGCAGAGACGAGGGACCCUGCCGGGGCCUCUUUCACCGCUACUUCUUCAACAUGACCACCAUGCAGUGUGAGCCCUUCUCUUUCGGCGGCUGCGCGGGCAACUCCAACAACUUCUAUGACCUCGACUCCUGCAUGGAGUACUGCAGCCCAAAGAAAUCUGUCCCUGUGCUCUGCCUGGAUCCUCUGGACAAAGGCAAGUGUUCGGCCUCCAUUCCUCGGUAUUACUACAACACCGCCACCAAGAUGUGCGAGGAGUUCGUCUACUCGGGCUGCGGCGGGAGCAGCAACAACUUCGUGUCGAGGCAGAGCUGCACGGACGUGUGUGUUCGAGGAGGAAAAAAACAUGCAGCUCAAGGAAAAGUCCGCCGCAUGAGAAGGAAUCGAAACAAUCGAAACAGUCGAAGCGGCCACAUCACCAUCUUGCAGGCGUAGACGUGGACCGCGUGUCCUCAGGGACUCUGACUGCGACGAGCUGCGUGAUGUAAACUAACAUGUGACAAAGCGACUGUGUCUGAUGCCAAAGUGUUGCUGAGCAGGUCUCUGUGUGGAGGCUGGAGGAGGCUGAGAGGCUCAUUCACUCAUGUUCACUGUGUCUGUGUGAUGCUCGAUGAGCGACGCCAAAUGUGAUUCACUGUAUGCUGUUGAUGAAGUUUGUUACUACUGCACUAAUGUUCCUCAUACUGUGUGUCUGUGAUGUCUGUUUCUAUAAUAAUACAUUAUUAUUAUUAUUAUUAUUUUUUAUAAUAGUGAAGGUUUUGACAUGCUUAUCUGUUUUAUAAGCACGAUUUUGAUGAAAUAUACAGAAUUUUAUAAAGUAUUGUGUUCUUUUAUGCUGCUGUCGUCAGUAAAGUGACAUUUACUCUCUCAAA